UUACAUAACCCAAACUACAAUUGUGUAAGAAAGAACCACAAGGCGAUAACAAGGAAUGGCUAGCUCAGAUGGAAAACUGUGGUGAGGCCUAAUCAAACUGAUCAAGAUACUCUAACCAUUAUCAGCAUAUCUGCCUAAACCCGAACCUGAGGCCUUGAGAGGCUGCAUAAGUCCACCUUCAAGGUAAGGUGUCCACGCUGUAUCUGUGUGUGUUUCUUUAGUCAUGCUACUGAAAGUAUGCAGCACUUGUGGUUUAACUUGUGUUGCUAUUGGAUUGCUCCACAGGCGUGACCUGUAAACAGCUGUACACACAUGUUGUAGUUUUGGUGUCAAAGAGAGGAGGGGGGCGGAGGAGGAAGGCAGAAACGAAGAGAGAGAGAGAGAGGAGGAGGAGGAGGAAGAAGAGGAGAGAGGGGGAGUUGAGGGCUGAAACACAUCAACGAGGACGGGCAAGCAAGCGAGCGAGCGGCACGGGGACCUGCCGGAAGAAGGAGCAGCAGCAGCAGCUUCGGCGCGAGAUAGACGCAGACCGACCAAACACCGGCAGCACGAGCGACACCAAGGCGGCCAGCGGGGCGGAGAGGAGGAGGAGGAGGAGGAGGCACCUGCACCGCGACUCGUUCUACCCCGCUGCCUCCGUCGUCUCUUCCCUCUGUCUCUCUGCUCUCUCCUCACCUCUCGUCUCUCUCGGACCGCCGCCGCCGCUUCCUCGUUAAGAUGGCUGACCCCAACAGCGACGGAGAGGUACCGGAGAGCGCGCGCGGAUUCGCCCGACAGGGAGCCCUCCGUCAGAAGAAUGUGCACGAGGUGAAGAACCACAAGUUCAUCGCGCGCUUCUUCAAGCAGCCAACCUUCUGCAGCCACUGCACGGACUUCAUCUGGUGAGUGUGUAUGAGAGUGUGUGUGUGUGUGAGGACACAGGUGAUUCACUUGCUGCUGCCGCUGCUGCGGCUCCGCUCGGCCUCCUUCCACACUGUUCAGACACCACCGCAGUGUUUCAUUCAUUGUCAUUGUCAAAAACACCGCGAUGCGCCAUCUCCUCCACCUCUCCACAAUGCGACAGCACCAGCAGGCCUUACGAAGGGGGGGAGAUGAUGUCGGCAGCCGCAGAACAGUCGCUGCUGCUCGGCGUUUACCGCAUCAUCGCCCCGCCACCCAUCUCUGAAACUGGAGGUCUGGUGGAGGAAUGCAGCUGGAGACAUACAGACACAGGGCCCCUCUGUUGCUGCAGCAGCUGUGUGUGUGUGUGUGUUUAUGUGUGUGUAGGUGUGAUUGAAUAUCCUAGUGUGUGUGUGUGUGUGUAUGUGUGUGUGUGUGUGUGCAUGCGUCAUAGUCUGUGCACCCAAAAAAAUCUCACAUCCUUGUCUUGUGUCCACAGGGGCUUUGGGAAGCAGGGAUUCCAGUGCCAAGGUAAGAGCAGAGCCUCAUUCACAAAUCUCUCUGCUGCAUAUGGCUGUGGGUGUGUGGACGGAUGUUCACUGUCUGCAGAAGUGUUGCUAUCCUGUUUUCUUUUUUUGUGUGUGUGCAUGUUUGUUGUAUUUCAGGGCCUCUGGUCUGCACACUGUUAGAGUGACCUGUUGGCUCUUUUCUUGGUAGAUGAUGUGUUGGUGUUGGCAGACAGGUGUCAAACUCAAAGCAGGUGCUUGCCAACAGUGAUAAAUGAGAGUGAGAAUCCUCUGAAGAGGCUCAGGCAGCAGAGACAGUGUGAGAUGUAAGAGUAGAAGAGUCGGCAGAGGGCUGAAAGCUGAGAUGUCUGCGUUUGACCGAGCAGAAAUGAGAAAGCAAGGCAAACCAGGAAGUUCGAUUUUCUCAAGCUUUAUUCGUCUCUCUUCAAAGCCAGUUUUAAACUUGAUUGGAUUUGUGUGAAAUACUGUGUCUGUGUGUGGUUGUGGUCGGUUGUGGGUGGAUGUGGUUGUGGGUGGAUAGCCAGACAUGCACCUCUGCUCAAAAGGGUUUCAUAAACAGGUCCCCUCACAGCAACAUGUUGACACCCCUCACUCACUUGCAUGCCACAGUAUGUGACUGCAGCAAAUGAUGGCGUUCUGCUCGCAGUAUCACUUCCUCUUCACUGAUCCAUCCUCUUCCUCAGACACCCACCUCUGCUCAUCUGGCCUCUGUCAUGUGACCGUGAGUGGAAGAAAAUGACCAAAGUUUCCACACCAUCCUCUUGCUCAAGACUUCAUUAAUUCAGAAGAGUUUACAUAAGGUUGUGAAACUAAAAGCUGUAAAAAGCCCCCCUAGACUCCUGACAGCGGCUCUGGUGGUAAUACAGGAAACACACUGAGAGAGGAGAAGAGUUAACACUUCAUGUGCUUGAGUAACACCUGCUUAAGUGAGCCAGUGUCUGGUGAAGUGCCCCCUGAGCUGUUAACACAUGCACGCACUUCAAAAAGCAGUGACCAGUCAGAGGGCUGCAUAGGUAGAGCUGUGGUCAGGUUAGGUUUCAUGGUGAGUUUCCGACAGUUAACUCACAAAACAAGUAGAGUCUUGUAAAAACAAACUGCUUCGAUGAUUGUUUGUGAUGCCAGUGAUCACUGUUUACAUUAGAGAUGCAAAUAAUCAGAAUCAGUACAGAAUAAUAGUAGAGAUGUGCAAAAUAAAGAAUAUAGAAAUAUAUUUAAAAUAUAGAUCAGUAAAAAGCUUUUUCACAGCAAUAAUAUGACUGUCAAGGAACUUCCGAAGCUACUGGGUAGCAGUAGCCUCGAAGGUAGAGCGGUCGUCCAACAACUGGAAGGUUGGCAGUUCAAUUCCCCCCUACUUCUAGUCUGUCCGUUGUCUCCUUGGGCAAGACACUUGACCGGUCUUGCUCCCAGUGUGUGUUUUCCACUAGUGUAUGACUGGUACGUACGUCACUUUGGAUAGAAAAGCGUCUGCGAAAUGACACGGUAGUAUUGUAACAGAAUUAUCAAAGCUCAUGUAAGCAACUUUUGGUUUGCGACGAUUUUUGCUUGGAGUUACAAAACAAAAAAUGUCUCACAGGAGCUCUAAAUAACAAAAACUACAUAAAAAGAACAAAAAGUAAAUUAGGUACAUUUCUGUUAAAUCUUGAGUAAUUUGGAAAUUGUACCAGGUAGACCUUGUCUGUGGUCAUUUUAUCUACUGAUACCAACUACCUGUAAUAGAAAUGCCUCCUGUACUAUCUUAAAUGGGGGUUACUUAUUGGCUUGUACAGCAGUCUAUGCACCAAUCCGAUAGCAUUAUCAAUUAGCUGUGAAACACUUGUUUUACUAAAAAAUCAAUUCUUCAUUUACAGCAAGUAUUGUUGCCAACAUGGAUUAAACUGUUUGCCAACAGCACUUGCUGUUUUACAGCGGCAGAGAAGAGCUGAUGCCAGGUUAGUUUUUAAGUGAUGAAAGCAAACAAAAGCAGUGCGGUGCAAGCAGAGAGUGUAGCGUCAGAAAUGUGCCGGUAUUUUUCCACAAUGUCGGGUCUGAAUCCUCCAAGUAUUCUGGGGUUCAGUUCUGAGAAGUGGCAUUAGUGUUUCUAUGAUAGACUGAAGUAGCAGUCUAUGUAUGAGUCACCAUAUUGGAAAAGCUUACUCCUGCGUACCUGCGGAAAUGCAUACCUCUUGUCAUUCCUUGUUAUGUUAAUCUCGGCAAAACUUUCACCCUUAAAGCUCCUGAAAUGAACUUCUGGUAUCUAUUAAUCUCAACCUCCUGAAUUUUUACCAUCAAAUAUAUUUAUUUAAAUUUGUUCUGAAUAUUUAAUGUGGAAAUCUUUGAAAAAGGAUAUUGAGACCUAUCCUUUCACAUAAGUUUCAGGCAUUAAAAAUAACAGUACAAAUUGUCACCAAUGGUCUUGUUUACCUUCAGAUAUGAUCAAAAAAGUAGCAAUAUGGAUUUCAUUUAUGUUCACAGAUGUCAAAAAACCCUUACAGAAGCUUUAGAAAACCAAAAUAUGAGUUUAAAAAUCAGUCUGCAUACAGUGUGUACAAACAGACAAGUCAUAUAUUGAAAUGAAAACAGGAUGUUAGCAUUUGUUUCUUCUGAAAAAAUGAGCAUAACAUGAGUGUUUGAACCUUCAAGUGGCAGGUAAUGGUGGAAAAUGUUAAUCAGUUUUUCAAAACACCAAUCUAAAGUUACCAAAUGCCUAAUUUUGAUUUCUAUCCAAAGAUAUUCAUCUUAGAGUUGUAAAUAAAGCAGACAAUGUUGACAUUAGUAAUGUUUGCAUCAUUAACAGCAGCUUGUAUUAAAAAGUAAAGUACUCAAACUGGUUAAAUGAUUGUCAGGGUAGUUGGUCCUUUAGGUACAAAUUGAUCGCUUUAUCAAAAAAAAUAGAUUAAUCCUGUAACCCAUCAAAUUUCCCCUCAGGAAAAAUAAAGUUCUUCUCAUCUCAUCUCAUCUCAUCUCAUCUCAGCUCAGCUUAGUUUAGUUUAGCUCCUUUGUCCAAUAGACACUUUUCACACAUUUAAAACACAUGACAGAAAGAAGAGGCACUUUUCAGUUUGUAGUGUCUUGUCUGAACUGUAUGAAAAAAAGCCCCACUGUGACUGCUUCAAAAAAAAAAAGAUGGUGUUGCAGAUUAUUAAAUAAGAGUUGUCUUUUUGGAUUAUGUGAGCCCGUCUAAAGGCUUUUUUGAAUGAGACUCUGAAUGAUAUAACUGUAGAAUCAGCAUGGAUCAGACAAAUCUUCACCACAAACACACACUAAGCUCGGAUUUGAUGACCUCAGCAUGAAUUAAAAAGAAGCUUGUGGUCCAAAUCCAUUUAAAAUGUAUCUGCUUUAUAUGCAGCUGUCUCUUUCGUUUUUAAAAGGUCUCAUAAGGUAAUAAAGAGCCAAUUUCUUUAUGAAAAUGGCAAAAGAUUCUUCUAGAGAUCCAGAGCAGCAUUAAAAAGAAGUCUUGUAUCUUUGCAGGGAUUGUCUGAUUUUGUUUGCUAGAUGCAAGAUACAUGUUUUUCAGACACUAAAUCUAGUAAUAUUGUUGUCUAGUUUUCACUGGUGGGUUUACUCUGAUCCCCACUCCCCAGAAUGGGGGCAUCUGAAAGACUGGGUAUGUGUUAUACGUACCAAAUGUGUGAAAAGGAAACAAAAGCUGACAAUUGUUUACCUCUCAAUAACAGAUGAUCAAAGUAUGACAUUAUGGCGAUUAUUGGAUUCACCUUACAACACUUUACAAAAUACUCAGUGGGGAUCCACAGGGGAUCUUACUGGCAAUUACAACUACUGCAUCUACAUACUUUGCGUAUAUACUACCAAGGCCGAUAUUAUUUACACAGAGAGCACUCCAGCAACUACCGAACCCAAUACAUGCACACAUCACCAACCACCAUGAGCACACUAUGAGCUGUGUCACACCAACUAAACCACAGGGUCUGAAGCGUAUGGCACGAAGUAAACUAGAGCAUCUGACCAUAUUUUCCUGUUCAAUAAGCACACAGCAUGAUCAGUGUCAGCGACAGUUAUAUCUCCAGACUGUAAAAAAUACUCCUUAGAUGUGUGUGACCACCACAGACAUUUUAUUACGAGUGAACUCAGCUGUGCGUCUCUGUGCGUAAAAGACAAAAACAAGCAGGUUGUCAGCUCUUAAUACCCUUUUUUACCCUCUCACUAAUAUGAAUGUCUCACCAAAAUGCUUGACGCCGGGUUGAUGACAGGGCCACAUGUCAAUCUUAAGCUCAGCAGGUGAACCACGAUUUGACAGCGUUGACGGGUCCUUUAAAAUGUUCUUAGUAGUGAAGACGUUUUGUACCUUUUUGUACUUUCCUAGUGGGUUCAUGGUGUAUACAUGUGCAUAGACUACACCACUGCCCUGAAUCAUAUUGCAUUGUUAAUAUCCGUCAAAAUAUUGCAGUACGAUUUAUUUCCGCAGACCAGAUUUUUAUUUGACCUGUCUUAAAUUAAGAUGAGCAAACAAACUGAUUGUUACCUCUAAAAGCUUUGGUUUAGCUUAAAAACUGACCUUAAUAUAUCCCAAAAGGUCAUUUUAAGACAAAAAGUUCAACAGUUGAACAUGUAAGUAGUGUUUAUUUUUAUGAGCUCGGUUGGCAUGUGGUAUUUUACCACAAAAUGUUAUGAGUGAACAGCUGUCUUAGCCAAUCUCAGUAGCAGAGAAGUUGUGACCUCCUUUGUUUUCCCUGAGCCAUUUCCAUUUGAAUACAAUCAGACAAACGCAGACACAUCUACAAUGCGCAGAUAACUCAAGAUAUAUGAUCAUGCUCUGAGGGCUGGCUUUCUAUUGUCUGCCAUUCAGAGCUGCAAAAGCCAUUAAAUGAAACUUUAUUACUGCACCUAUCAUGUUCUGAUAACUGUCGUUCGGCUGAAAAUAGCGGAACAUGCAACUCUGUUUUGACAUCUUCUGAAUCCAUGUCAUGAUGACACUGACAGAGAUGUUACAGACAGACUCUGUGUGUCAACGGCAUCAAACUAUUAUAGUUCAGAGAUUCUUCUACUUACUGACAAACUACAGACAUAUUAUGCACUUUGUCCACCAAUGUAAGUGUGUAAAAAUAUAGGACUUCAGUGGAAAAACAUGGAGCUGCUUUCAUUUGGAGAGUUUCGAUGCAUAUUUCACUCACUGCCAGCAUUACAUUGUUACCCAAAUACCCAAACCUGAUAGAAUUUCAGGCUUAGAAAUCAGCUUUUUUAAUUGGUGUAUUGACUGUAAUCCUAAUUGAUCAUCUUAGACAGAACUAGAGGCUGAUAGUGAGUCUGGUAUCUGCAUCUCUGUUUGACAGAUUUUCUUUAACUUACCUGAUGCUGGAAAUGGAAAAUACUUUAAAACACUCACUUACAGAUCUGUGUUGCUCUCCUGAAGCUUUCAAGUGCGCCUUUUUAAAUCAACAACAUAUUUUAAUACCCCUAGUUCUGUUUGUUUGAAGAUGUUUUUUUGGGUUUAAAAUUUGGGUGGUUUUAAUUGUUUUCGGCAUUUCUGUAAGAUGUACUUCACAGUAAAAUACAACAAAAUCAAAUACUAUUAAAACAUCAAAAAGUGAAUUCAAGCACAUUCAAACACAUGUUUCUCUACCAUAAAAAAGAGGAAGUGAGAGAGAGGGGACGUGCUUAUAUAGGGUAAAACUACUUAAAAGGCUGUGGUGCACUGCAAGAAAUCCCACCAAGUGUUUUUGGGUCUUAUUAAAACACUCUUAUUUGACUCAACUGAGGCGACAAUCGCCUGACAGGUCCAGCUGAUGAUUUUUUUUACAGGAAUUAACCUGAUUUAAGCUCAGAUGUCAUGUGACAAAAUGGAAACUUCUGUUUUGGUUUUAGGAUUUGGACAUAUUAAUACAUUCUUGUGCCGCUUGUGCUUUUUGCUUCUCCUUCUCUAAAAACCGGGAGAUUUGAGAAGUAGAAACAGUGAGGCAGUGUUGUCUUAAAGAGAGCUCAGGAAGGUGCAGGGUGUAAGAGGCAGAGCUGCAUGAAUGAGAGGUGUUCAUAUAAACACAUGCACACACUCACUUUAACACACACAUGCCAGCCCUCAGCACACUCACACACGCAAACUAUCAACACUCAUCUCGGUCCAGAGGAAUUUCAGACAUGUGGCACAAACUUGUUCAGACACGCAGGCUGGAGUAUGUGUGUUUGUGCGACAAAGGUGCUUUGUGGGUGUGUUUUAAUACCUGUUUUGCAGGUGGCAAAGAUUUUCGUUCUCUCUCUCUUGCCUUUAGCUUUUUUUCUGUGGCUGUUAAUUUGUAUGUGUGUGCACAUGCGUGUGUGUGCAAAGGGCAAAAAGAGGAAGCUAACCUUGUGUCAUUUCCUGCUGAACCAGAUGUCUGAUCUGAGUUUGGACUUUCAGGGUCAGCUUUCUCUUUUCUUUAGAUAUCAUUCCGGAGAACUUGAGACAGACUUUCUCAAGUGUAGUUCUCUAGAAAAUACACAUAAUGCAGAGCCAACAGAUGAAAUCUUGUUGAAGAAAUCCCAGCAAUAUGUAGCAGAUCCGUCUGUGUGGUUACGCUUCAACAAAGACUGAUUUCCCAGCAGAAAUUUCAGCUUGUCACAGUAAGAAAAUCACAAAAGUGAACAGUGUCACAGUUGUAAUUAACUGUCUCAGUAAACCAUGACACUGAGCCAAAACGCACAAGACAAGAACCAUAAAACUAACUGAACAAAAUACAAUUCAACCAGCAUUUACUUGGGUAAAUAAUCAAAUUAUGAAACCUCAACUCGUGCUUCUUUUUUCUGUAAAAAGAAAAGGGUUGAUACUAUUAAAGUUACUGCUGAAGAUGACAUCCAAAGUUUUCCAAAAGUCAGAAACCCUGAUCCCUGAAGUUCACUGAGUCCACAGCCAUGCAGGUCAGCCUAUGUCCCAAAGGUUUCUUGGUAAGGGGGACUGUCUUUACAGUUCAGAUUUGUUGAAAGGAUACAUAAAGAUGGUCAGUGAGAGUCCAGGUUUAAUAGUUAUAAGAGAGUUUGUGCUACUGUGGAGAUAUCAACAGCUAAAGUCAAGAGAAAAAAUAACCAACACCUUGAUUAACAUACAAUUAAUUGCUGCUGAGUAACAACCUACUGAGCAAUAGACGUCCAUUAGACGUCUAGUUAUUUUUUAGACCUAAUUUCAACUGUCUAGACUCUGUAUAGACAGAAUUUAGACAUUGCACUUUAACCUGCUAUUCGUUAAGUAUUUAUUUCAAAAAGCAACUGUGAGUCACAUAACUGAUCUCCAAGUACUAAACCAAAAUAAUUAUGGUAGCCGUUGAGCAAUAUACUGGUAGACCUCUGUUUGCUGACUAGUCUAAACUCGGUCUAAAUUUAGACAUCUAAAAAAUGUUCAUUUUUAGACCUGUGGUAGCCUGAUGUUAGAGCAGUCGUCUAGACUACAUUUAGACGUGUAUUAGACCUCUUUUAGACCAAAAAAAUGCUCAGUGGGAAGGAUGGCAAUUGUUACUUGUUCUGUUUACGAAACACACUGAUAGCUUAGACCAGUGGUUCCCAAACUUUUUCUGCCGGGCCCCCCCUUUGGCAGAUAAAAAUUGUUUCAGGCCCCCCUACACCUGACUGUACGCAUCAACAUUUAAAUGAAAACUAUGUGAAUGUAUAAAAAAACACACCAUCACAAAUUGCUAUUGUUUUUCCAAUUCACUUCAAUGAAAUUUUUGUAGAAAUAACAACAGCAAUACCUUUUAAACAUUUUUGAAAAUUCUUCAUUUCUGAAGAUGAACAAUUUAAAAACUUAGGGAACAUCUUUUAAAAUAUAUUCAUUCAGCCCUAAAAUAAGUCAGUGGCUACACUGCGUUUGUUUAGUGCCACAGAUCUUCCCCAGUCUUGGGUGCAGCUGUGAGACUGCCACUCUCAGUUCAUUUUCGAUGUCCAGUAUUGAUCGGUACUUGGUCGGUCGGUCCAGUUGUCCAAAUCACAUGACCUAUCACCUUGUUGCUCUGCGCCACUUUGCUCAGGUGUGAUGAGAGAUUUAAGCCCUGAAGUUGUAAAUCAGCUUGUUGCUGCAGUUACAUUGUGCAAGUCUUCACUGUAACGUGCCAGAAAUUCAUCCGAACUGGUCAGAAGCGGCUGAUGAGAACCAUAACCUGGUCAGGGUUGAAAAUAAGAUGUGUGACCCAAAAUUCAGGUCAGAAACAGCAUGGUGUGUGCAUGGUCUGAGGGUCCUUGUCAUAACUUCCACUCAAUCUUAAAUUCAAAUAAAGUCAAAAGAUUUGUGUUAAGUUUCUAUUCCUGAGCUAAGAGUAAUCAGUGUUUUUAGAUAAAUAACGUGGGAAGUGACUGACUGAAAUAUUAGUUCUCUGUGACACCUCUUAAAGUUGACAGGAGCGAAAUAUGCUCUUCGUCUUGCUGAGGAGGCCUUUGAUUUUCACUGAUGUUUCCACUUCACACCUCUCUGACCACAUUAAUGAUCUGCUCUUGAACAGUGUUCAAACCAAAAUGUGCAAAUCUGUAAUGAGAAGGAGAAGCUUGUUUCUGUGCCCACAUUGAAGCUGUUACAGCUUCAGUGACUCAAACAAAGAAGAGAGAAAGAAACAAAGCUGGUUUCCCAGGCCUGUCACUGCUGUUGAACAGAUCGAGCCGUGGCUGACAUUUAAUCCUGCUCACUGUCUGAUCAGUGGAUGAAGAAGUAUCUUUGUUAUUGAUCGGGUGCCCACCUAAGAUGUUCGUUACAGGACUGUUAGUGACCCUGUGGUUUUGCAAACAAACUCAUUCUUUAUUAUGGAGAAGCAAAGUCCAAAAGUGACUGCUCAUGAGAAAGCUCCUUCACAAUGAAUUUUAAAGCUGGGAGUUUUCAGAUGGCAGAUGUCUCAGUUACAGAUUAGUUUUUGAUCAUUUUGAGAAAGCUACUCAGAAUGUCACAGGAUGGGGAGGAAAAUAAAACGAGUAUAUCGAGAUUUGAUUUCUAAAACAUCGAGGAUACAAUCACUCUUUUUUUGACCCCAUAUCAAAACUUAAUUUGGUAAUUUUAUAAAAUCAUAACUAUUGUGCUUGUCUUACCUUUAGUCCCAAGACAGCAUGAAUCAGCUGACACUGGUAUGUUGUACCUUAAGUGACCUCUGUCUGGUAUCAGAGUCUCUGGAAAUCUUAUCAGACUUCAUUAGAAUCAUAAACAUUAGACUAACACCACAACAGAUGCAUAUAGUAUACCGAUAGAUCUUAUUUUUAUCCAUUCUUAAUCCAAGAAUGCUCCAAAGAAAUGAUAUUUAGUCCUUUGAAACAGUCUGUCACAGUGAUGGGCCAGUGGCUUACUUUAAGUGGAGUUGGCAGGUUUUUUUCUUCCUUAGAUAGAAAUAUAGUAAAUCUGAUUAAAUGAUGCUCCAGUGUUCUUUUAAGUUCAAAAACAGUUUGCUGGAACAAGAAAACACAUGUAUAGUUGAAAAAAGACAAAGCUGAUACUAAAGAAGAGACUGCUGUGUAGGUGAAAAACCCAAAAUGUUCAGUAAAUGUUCUGUUUAAUGUUUGUGAACAAACACAGCACCAAAAGUAUAGAGUCAAAACAAAGAAUAGAAAGUGCACAUGAUACUGUUUUUUAAGUGUUUUCUGUUGGUUUUCCCCUGAACAAUCGUAUUUGUACAGUGUUUUCUUAAAAAAAAAAAAAACGAAUUGUCUUUAUUCUAGAAGAGACAUCUGAACACACCAUAAUGAGGUGUUGUUUGCUUUUGCUUAAUUCUUGUUUUACAGACAGAACACCUCACAAUGUAAUCACGUGUUCCUUUGGUUAGUGAGCCAAUGAACUUUUAUCCUGCUGAUGUCAACAAGGAUUUUUUGACACCAGUUUAUGACUUUAAGCGAAUAGGACUUGCUUGAAGUCUGGGUGCGCUUACCUGGGCUGUUUUGGAUGGGAAAGGAGGAUGGCAGCCCCAUGGCAGCAGCAGCAGAUGUCGUAGCAGCAGGGACAGCUUGAGUUGAUGAAAUUGUUUCAAGCCACAGACAGUCCAAGGUGCUAAAUUUUGGCUUGAUUUGAUGCUUGCCCAUGGAGGUUGCGCCUUCUUACGAGAAAUUACUUUGCAACAUAAAUUUUAUGUCGACACACUUUGGACCUCUGCACUAUCAGCCAUCAUCAAAAGCAGUUGACCACCAGAAUUCUUCUUUGGGCUUUUUAAUACUUUUAGGCUAAUUGUUUUCAAAUACUUCAAGAUCCUGUGAGGAUUUAUAGUUUUUAGUCAAAUUUGGUGCCCCUUGUGGACAAAACUAUCUUUGUCUCUCUUGUUCUCUACAUGCUUAGAUAGUGUAAUCAUACAAAAAGUAUCCUGCCGACUUUUGAUGGUUAAAUUUAUAAUUUAUUGUGACUAUUUUAUGUGGAAUAUAUACAAACUAGGCUGUUUCUUGCUGCUUGGUUGACACCUACCCCAGGGCUCGACAGUGCGACCGUUUUACUCGCAUUUGCAACUAAAAAUAGAUAUGUGUUAAUUGUAAAAUGUAUUUAGGUGCACAUCUACCCAUAAAAAAAUCGGUCGAGGCAACAAAUGUUUUUUCAUGUAAAUACCGUGGUGAAAUUAGUUUAAAGUUAGAGAAUGAACAGACAUUCAAUGCGGAUCUACCGGUGUCUUCUUACUUUCCAUAACUGGGAACGGCAUCAGCAGCGCGGCUUGGCACCCUUGCUGUCAACGUCAGGUGUUGAAUAAGGGACCAUCAAUAAAUUGGUUGAUGUUCUCAAAAAAAGGCUGUUUUCCUUCAAUAGCUUCCUGGUCACUUGAGCAAUUGACCUAAAAUUGAUUUCAAAUACUAGUACUAAGGACGAUAAUACACACAUUAUUUAAUCAAUUUUCAUUGUGCCCCUUAAGUUCUUUGUGUGCUCCUUAUUGUUUCAACUUAGGAACACACAUGCUCCUAAGUUGUCAAGCCCUGUACCCUCUCUCACUAAAUAUAUGCAUCAAAAUUAUACUAUCACAAUCAUCCAUCUUGUCCCUGGUGGUUUUCCUUGCUGUUGCUGUUAUCAUAAAAAGUCAUCGAUAUGAAUUUCAGUCUGUUUCAUAAACACCAAAAAAACUCCUUACAGUAGCUUUAAUUAGACGGAUCACUAACGUGCACACAGCAUUGAUUUAAUUAACAUGAUGUGGCUUAACUCAAAGUCUGACGUUUCUUCGUGGGACCCAAGAGACCCCGUGGCAGAAUCCAUGAGGUCAAGCAUUAUUGAUCCCCUUCAGUCUCAUGCAGUAUACACACCAUAAUUGAUUACAUCACUGUUUUAGAGUGAGUGUGUCGUUUUGCCUCACAAGGUGAUGCUGAUGCAGCACUCAAGCGUUUAUAGAUUGUUUCACUUUUGGACCAACUUAAUUGAAAUUUUAAUGAGUAAUUUUAAAACAGCUCGUAAACAAGCAGAUAGAAAUCCAUACUAACUGUUCUCUAAGGGGACUGAGUCACUUCUUUUAGUGUUUAAUGUAUUUAUCCCAAAGUGUUUCUGGUGAAGCUUUUGCAGCCAUGUUUUCUAACAGCUUGUGGAUGCUUCUGUUGUUCUUUUUGUUUUUGUCUCCAGCCAAAAUUGAAAACAAAGAGGCAGAUUUGAUUGUUUAUUCUAUUGCAAGCGCUCACAAUCAUGUUUCAGCCGAAACUACUCAUUUGAUACUCCAUUAGUUGUCAGCCAUUGGAUUAAACAAGAACUUAGUGAUGAAAUGUGAUUAGUUUGGUGGUUGAUUCAGAGGAAAACAAGCCUUACCUUUAUUAUCUGGUUUCUUGACUCUUCUAGUAGAAACCCUCUUCAGUCCACUGAACUCAGUAUGUUCACACGCACAGUUAAGUUGAUAUGUGGGGUUAUAUCUCAUUUAGGUCAUUUAACCGAGCUACUGUCCAUAUCCCACUGUCAGUUUGGAUAUGGGCUUUCCUCAAGUUGACCUACUACGUCACAUAUCAAAAGAAUUGACAAACACACCACCAUUACUACAUAUAAAACAGAUUUUUUCUUUUUCUACUUCCCUUCUUGUUCUGUUAAGGUUUUGUUUACUUACCUUAAUACUGUUCAACUUCUGGGUCAAAGUCCAGUGUGUGAAUUGUGUAGCAUGUGCAGAACACCUGGGGUAGUUGGGGCUCAAAUUGAGGUGUAUGCAAAACCCCCCCCCAAAAAAAACCAAUCCCCGUCCAGAUUACUUUGGUUCAUUAGUGCAACGAUAAGAAAUUUGACUUAGUGUGAUUUCAGUCAGACUAACAUUUUAACAUGCGUUGUAAAAGUCCAGUUUCAAUCAGACUAAUGCCAUAAAUUGAUGUUUUGAACAAUAUGUAAACAUGCUGACUGUAUCUGUUUUUAAGCUUUUUGAAUGUCAGUAUUUUUUUAGCCUCUUUUUGAAAAUAAACUGGGCUCCCUUGGUUGUUUACAAAUCAAUUAGACAUCUAAGGACAUCAUCUUGGGCUUUCAGAUAUAUUGAUUGUCUGUUUUUCAGACCUCUCUGAUGGUCUGCCGUCCAAACAACAAACUGGUAGUCGAGGAAAAUCUGCUCGGUUCACAUGACUGUGAAUGUCAGCUGGAGCUCUGGAGGCAUCGGUCUUCAGAGAGCUGUUCGCUAACAGAGUCUGAUCUCUGUGCUUUCACUUUCUUCAGGCAUGCUGAGGCCUGAUCGAUGAUAAUGGGUGGCUCCUCCGUCUGUGGGUUUUUGAAUCAGCGUCGAUGAUCCAAGAUAGGGGGAGCCUCCUGACGCUCCCGUUGAUGUGAAACUGUCAGCCCGCCGUCAAUCCCACAAAAUGGGGCGGUGUGUGUGUGUAUGUGUGUAGACUCAACUGUAGGGCUCAGCCUGGUUGCUAGGCAACAGAGCAAAGACCUCCUCGGCAGGUCACUAGGCCUGUCUUUGAGUAGCGUGUGUGUAUGUGCCUGCACAGGUGUGUGUGACAGAGCAGAUUUAUGAACAAAAAGCUAUGAAGUUGGACUCCGACACACAAAUAAAUUCCCCGCCCCCUCACACUGCCUCAAACCCAGCUGUGCCCCCAUCCCUUCAUGCCCACACACACAUGCACACACAUACACACUGACUAUCUGUUCGACUUGAUUUAAUCUUCACUCUUCCUUUUCCUUCCUUCUUUCUCUUUGCAUUUCCCUUUUUUCACUCACAGUCAGUUCCUUCAUUUGAAUCGAGCAGAGACAGAGACAGACACACUUCAGUCCUGCUUCACCUGGACAAACACCAAGAAACUGGCCUCUUCCUUUGUUUCUUUCUUUUUUUUUUUUGUUAAAACCUGCACUUUGCACGCGAGGUCCCUCAGGUGUGCACAGACGUCUCUCCGGCUUGUGCUUAAGCACUCUGUUGCUUAACGGCUAGAAACCUGCAGAAAGUGCAGCCAGUGUCCACAGCGGCUCAUGAAACUGUAACGAGAAUGUGAAUAAUUAAGAUUAAACCAGAGCGUAAUGUCACCCAGCGUGUGUGUGUGUGUGUGUGUGUGUGUGUGUGUGUGUGUGUGUGUGUGUUUGUUCUGUGUUUGAAGUGGCUGUUGUUACGACAUUAAUGUUUGCAUAAUCAGGUUCAUCAGUUCUGUACAAAUGUGCAACCAAACCGACUACUUCUAUUUUUUGUGCAAAAUGUAAGUCACUGUUAAGUGGAAGUGGAUUAAAUCAGCACUUUCCUUUUUAUGGUCAAAAAUUACACCUUAAAAAUGAGGUUCACCAAUAUUGUCAAUGUACUGUAGAGUUGACUGCUCUGUCCUACUUAACUUCUGUAAAUGGAGAUCUGCUGUUGGUCAUGUUCAGAUCUCAGUCCGCAGAGAGUGACUGAUCAAAAUUUAAAGGCAUUUACAUUACUGUGUGUACCUGUUUUAAGAAUGUGCAUAUGAGGUAUAUUCUGACUGUCUGAACCCGGACCAGCAGGAUGUUUGAAGGAUCUAAAGCAGCUUUGCUCAAAAAUCGUCCUCUGCGCUUUAUGGUUAGUCUUUAACAGUACAGAUCACAUUUGUUAAGGCUGCAAUCUCAGAACCUGCAACCAUCGUCUAUCAUCAUGUCUAAACAAUUGAAUGUCACCCUCAUAUUCUGCACCACAAUAACUUAUCCAAUCAAAGAAUUUGUAUCAUUUUGAUUCCAUAAUGCUGGUCCUAUGUUGUUAAAGAUGAGGUAGAGACCCGACCACUCGCCUGGGUAGUUGCUCCUGUUCAUGAUAACUGAUGCCAGCGUGUUUUAAUUCUCCACUAUCUGGAUGUAAACACACGCAGUUGCUGAAUGGCAUCUUGCAGUUUUGUGGUGCUCUGAUCUAGAAAAUUGUGAAAAAAUUGUGUCCAAUUAAACUGGCAUGUAACCACUGGACUGAAGCGGUGUGUGUAGAUGUUAACCUACCAGAAGGGUUGAAGGCUGGUGGUGCCAGCUCUGCUAGAGUUGGCCACUCUUGCUGAACCAAAUGUAUUUUCAUGAUUUACCCUUGGACUCUGUGAUUGUAUGUUUAGCCAUGUCAAAAAGUGCUCUUUUAUGAUAUUUUUCAUGCCGUAAGAUGAGUCAAUCAUCUGCUUUUGGUGGGUCUAAUGUCAACAGUAGAUAGUAAAAUUACUCAGAGGUUUCACUUUGACCGACUUUGGGUUAAUAAAACUAGAAAAACGAUUUACUUAGUAUUAACAGAUCUUUAUUUAGCUGAAAUGGCAUGAUUAUGGAGACUUGUUAAAAAGAUAACACAGCAGAGUACUAGUUUAGCCUAGUGAUAAAGGCAGGCCCACAUUUAUAGAUGCUGUAGUACUGGUCGCAGAAAACACAAGUCCAAGUCCCUGCUACGGCCCUUUGCGACAUGCAAGUCCCCGCUCCGGUCUUUAUUGAAACAUGAGAUGACAAGCAACUGCUAACACAAGGCCAGAUCAGGCCCAUAUGGACCCUUAUCCCUCAUCAGGAUUGUUCUGAAUCAGUCACUUAAUGAAUAAACAUGAACAAUAAAUAUUUCACAUUUCUCUUCACACACAGCGCUAAUGCACUGAGCGGCUAUUCUCGUGUUGGUAUGACAUGAAAAAUUAAGAGUUUCAUGAGUUAUAGCAGGAAGGUCUAUCAUUGCACAUGAGAAUUGCCAUGGAUAGGUAGAGAGUGGGUGGUACCUAUUGUGGCUGAACACAUGCGUACACACUGCCGGAGCACUGCGGACCAAUCUGUCCCGCACCACCUCUAUAUGCAGCCUGAGUGAUCAGAUUAUCGUCGUCUGGGCGUAUUGAGGUGUGUUCAGACCGGUAUAUACAGCUGUCCACUUGUGAUUUCAUUAUUGUAGAGGGACUUUAAAGCCAUGUAAAAGGACGAAUGUAACUCUUCUAACUCAUGAAAACCUCUGUGCAAAAACAUCCCAUCUGAAGUGGAGUCAGUAUCUACUGAAUGGUGCCAUCUUUGAAGUGCCCAAAGUAAAACUGAUCCACAGACCUUUUUGAUCAUGUACUGAAAAACUGUAAGGCUUUCUAGAUGGUUAGACCUCUUUUUACACAAUCAACUCUGGAAGACUCUGAAGCUUCAGAUGAGAAAUGGUUAAAUCGGGGGCUCUUGACCAGUGGUUUAGAUGACAAAGAAUUCAGCUCAUCUCAUUGGUCAAGUAUCAAAAAUAUUCCCGUUAGAGUUGUUCAGAAAGACCAGCUAUCCCACCUUCAGGGGAUUUUGAGGUAGGGACUGAAAGAGGUAAAAAAAAAUCUUUUUGAGCAGAACUGCUUUUGUAGACGGAGAAAAACGCAAAUUUGGCCACUGCAUUUUCCUCCCAAAUCCAUUAUUGCGGUCAGUCUGUACCCUGAAUGAUUUCUACUUCAAGCAGUGAAACGUCCUGCUGCUAUUUGAAUCUGCCUUGAAAGUAACAUGCUUCUGCUUCGAUGUUAUUGGUGGAGACUUUGAGCGUUCCCACCAUGCUGUGGUUAAAUAUAAAUCCUUCUAAACUGAGGCAAUAAAACUAAAUAUAGGUGUCAACUGCAGGGAAAAAAGAAAAGGGAACUGCUGAAAUAUGAGAGGCCUAUUGUGCAAUGAGUAAUGCCACAUUAUUGACAUAUUGAUUCAUCUCUUUGUUGCUUUUGUGGCGCCUUAUUUGGCUUUGUAAAGAAGGCUGAGUUGACAUUUGCUUUUUCUUUUUUCUCCCUCUUCAGUGUGCUGUUUUGUGGUUCAUAAGCGCUGUCAUGAAUUCGUCACCUUUUCGUGUCCGGGGGCCGACAAAGGACCUGCUUCUGAUGUAAGUAGAGAAACCAUACAUUUAGAUGCACUCUUGGAUUGACAACAGACAUAUAUACACAGUUUCAUUAAUAUCUGUCUACAGAGAUUAAUGGGAAUACAAAUUUAUCACACUGCUGUCAGGUACCAAACUCUGAUUUAUAGGUAUCAGUGGCAUUGUGUAAGCACAUCUGAUUAAACCCAGCAACCUUAGAUUUCUGUCUACAUCAAGCCUGCAGCUUGUCCAAGUAACAGUUCAAGGUGAAGAGCCUUUUAUCCCCUUUUUCUUCUUGACACACCACUGGCUGCAUAAAAAUGGUUGGCACACUACUCGUUCAGAAGUGAGGCCAAACACUCACCUAAAAGGCGCUGACGUUUACAGCCAAAGUUGGGAUCAGUUAGUGAAAUGAAAGUAUUUACAUCCUGCCCUUCCUGCAUUUAACUUAUCUUAAUGGUUAUGAAUGCUGCAGAAACAUCAAACAGAUGUUAAACAGCCAAGAAUUAUGAUGUAAAAGAGUGUAAUUUCUAAAACUGUGGAGCCUGAAGAGAUAGCAUGAGUAAUUGAGUAAUUGAGGUAUAUGUCCUUAACCUGGCCAUCUUGAUUUUCAUGGUUUUAAAAUGCUAAUGUACUGUACUAUUGGUGCCAGAUUUGAUUUGAUUCAAACACAACAAUUCAGUGUUAGAAAAACAUUUGUGGUGAGUUUUUUUAACCAUUAUAAUCAAUCAAAAUGGUUUUCUUUACAUAUAAUAACGUGGAAAUGGAAGGGGUCAUCCUAUAUUCAGAGCAAUGUGGUAUAAUAACAGAAACCAUCUUUAUAGAAUAUUUAGUCAACCUUUACCAGAUUUAACAUGUGACUCAUCUCUGAUCUGUUUACAUGGAGGAGGCGGAGCUUAUGAUUGCUACCACAGCCAGGCGUUUGAGGACUGUGCUUCACACUUUGGCUUCAAUUUUGGAGAGUUAUCAUGAUGCUCAUCUUUGAAACAGUUGAUAGCUGUGCAUUUUCACACGCUGGCAUGGAUGUAAUCUAUGACUGAGCUUAAUUAGUAUCAUAAUAACAGUAUUUUAGAACAGUCAGCCAAACAUCCUGCUAUCAUGCAUUAAUCUAUAGUGUAAAUAUAGUAGUAGGUUAUCAGUAAGAAAUUAAACAGAAUAUAGAAAUGAACUGGAUGGACCCUAUUUCACAGAAUUAGAGUCUAAAGUGUGGCUCAGCUGGUUUAGCUCAGUUGGUAGAGCAGAUGCCUCUUACACAAGGACAAAGUCCAACACUGCAGCCGCCCCAGGGUCGACUCCAAGCCUUGGCCUUUUGCUGUGUGUCCACCCCGCUCUCUCUUUAUCUAGUAUUUUCUCUCUCUGCUCAGCUGUGGUACUGUUGUAGCUGGUUUCUUUUUAUAAUCUUCUUGCUGAUGGAUGCACAUUAAGGGUUAAAAGUUAGUGAAAUUAAUCUUGACCUGAAUUUGACCGUGGUAGUUCUGCAGCAGGAUCCCAUAAACCCCCUUUUUCCACCAAAGAACACCCCAGACGAGUCUUAUCUUUACAGAUAAACAUGUUUAAAUAUUUGGAUGGCACUGACUCCUCAGGCUGCGGACUCUCACGGUUUGCAUGUGAGCAGCUGGUAGUCCUGCUAUGUGAACUAUUCAUGUUUUAGUUUGAACCAGAUUGUAACCACCUUUGGCCUCUAUUUGUUGUCAGGCUUGGUUUUGCCCUCUGAUUUUGGGCGCAGGCUUGUUCUGUCUCUCCUCUCAUGCAGACCAGAGAGUCACUUUGAACUUCACAGUGUUCUCCAUUUGAGUAUUUUGGGCAUAGAAGACCAAUCAUGCGUCCACCUUCCAAUCCAGUUGAAAGUCAGGUGUGUUUUCCUGCCUCUCCUGGCUAUAUCAUAGCAACAUAUGUUGGAUUGUACCAGUGAACACACUGAGCCUUGAUAAACCACGCCACUAAACACUAUAUUUUCAAGGUUGGGUUUUAGCAAAGCUCUAAAGCGACAAUCUGUGGCGCCAUCUUGGUAGAUGUACUUUUGACUCUGGGGUCGUCGCGCUGACAGAAGCUGAACAGUCACAGAGCAUCCGAACACCCAUUGUUCAGUAACUCUAGAUCAUUUCUUCCUGUAAGCACACAGAAAACAUUAUUUCUACAUUGUAUAGGAGUUUUUUAAUCGUCUAUAAUGCCACAUGCAACAUGUACAUUUGCACACUCAUAGCUCGGUCAUAGCUGAAUUAGCCGAGUCCGCUGUUCUUGUCCAGUUAAUAGGCAAUUAAUGACAGAAGCAUGUACACCUCCACUACUGUAGGAGGUGACAUGCUCCUUUUCAGCUCAUUACUACUGAGUCGUCUCCCAGUUGACAUAUUAUGUGUCAAAUCAGCCGACAAAAUGCGUUAGCAAGAGGCUAACAAGAUAUAUAUAUUGAAUGAUCGAAACACUGCCAGUUUUACAGUUCUGUACAGUUUUUUAAGUCCUCUCUUUGUCAGUCAAAGAUUCGUACAUACUCGGCUUCCUAGCAAAGAAUUCUUGCAGUCCAUCUUUUAACUUAAAGCUUGGCAUGUGAACACUAGAGCAUGCUUAGCCAGCUUUAGUCCGAUCGAGUCGUAUCCAUGACAGAGAAAACUGAAUCUAGAUUUGAUAGUCCAUCUAGAGAAGUUUGCAUUCGUGCAAUUUUAGUGGGUCUGAUGUAUUUACAUGUUUUUAAAGUCCAGUCUCAGUCACACCAGGGCAAUAUAUCGAUUCUUUUGAACGUGAUGUAAAUGUACUCGCUGUUUCAAUGUGGGCACUGACAAAAAUACUGUCCUCCUCAUGUAAACGGUAAUUACAUAUUUCUGUGUAAAUUCCAGCAUAUUUUUUUUGCUUCUCAUCAUUGCACUGUCGUCUUCCGUUGUUUCUGUUUGUUUAAUAUCUAAUGUAGGCUUACAAACAGAAGGAUAAUGUGUAGUGAGUGGGUGGUUAGGUGAACUAGAAUCCUCACAGGGCGAGAAGAGACCUGUUGUGAUGUGUCAGCUUUAAUUCGAUAAAUGUGCCCGACUCCUCUUUCCCUCCUUUCAGAUUGGCUCGAUAUGAUGUGUGUCUCUGUAUUACCUUACAGAGUAGAGAUUGUAGGGACCAUUCUGAGUGAAAUAGGGAGGCUUUUAUUUUAAAACAUUUGAAUAUUAUCAAGAAUUAGACAUUUUACCUUCUCUUUAAUGGUAGAAAUUAUCUGCAGUUAUUACAGAAAGAGCAAAAAUCACAACACAGUUACCAUGGCAUGUAAAAAGACAGAGAUUUGAAGUCUGAUAAUUAAAUGUACAUAUUAACUCACAGUUUUUGUCAGAAGCUGGUGUGUUUUGGGUUUACAUUAAUUUAUGGUUGCUGUAUGUCUGUCUAAAUCCAGAGUAUAACCAAAGGGCAGAAUUUUUCACCACUAAUAUGACACUGAUAAACCUAAUAGUAGCUGAUAGCUAGCUUAAGACUCCUCUGACUGAGUGUAAACAACAUGAAAGCAUGACCAUUACACUCAGCUGCCUGUCCAAAAGGUAAAAUAUACACGUGCCAACUAAGAAAUCAUUGCCUUUAGAAAUAAAAUAUUUGCAUUUGUAGACAUACUAUAAACUGUGUGAUGUGUUAAUGGAGUGUUUAAAAACCGAAAUAACAAUGAAGCUGCAGCUUGUUGAGCAUGCAUAAGUGGUGAACCAUAUUAAGGUCCAUAAACGAAUGAUGCACAAUCCUACACUUCACUCAUGUGAAAAAUUUGACUAUUUAUUAUGUUCAUGGAGGGUGAUUGUUUCCUGUCAAAGGUUCAUUUAUAGCAUCAGCCAAGUCAGCGCGGGCUUUUGGUGUUUGCGCACCUUCGUGUGGUUCCUGUAAAUUCUGCUAAAUUAACACAUACACGCACGCGCGCACACACACACACACACACACUCACGCGCACAGAUGUAACCUCUUGUCCUCCCUCCUGCUGAGCUGUCAGCCUCAAAUCACACAGAGACAUGUUAGGAAAGAGAGAAAGUGCUGCCUGGCUGCCUCAGGUUAAUGAACCAGUAUCUCUUAUUCACACACCCACAAAAAAACAUAAACACACAAAACACACAAUGUGUGAGUCAGCAUGGAUUUGAAGUCCUAUGACUGAUGUUUAUUUGUCUCUAACUCCUCUGUCUUUUCUUGUUUGUGUUACAUCACCCAAGCUGUUUUGUUGUUUCCCAUUUUUCAGCCAUCAGUGAUUAAAUUUUGCUUAGUUAUUUAACAUUUGCUCCCUGUUAAAAUUAACAGUUAAAGGAUUACUUCACUAAAGCUAAUUAUUAAUCAAUAAUCCAGGCAUGACUGUGGUUUGGGCAUAGAAAAAAAAGAGAAUUAGAGCAGUGAUAGUAUUCAGCACAACUGCACCAAUGUGAGUGUGGUGAUUCUUUUAAAAGAGGCUUAUAUUCUGAACCGCAAUCCCUACUAAACCAUGAAAAAGUUCCAUAACAUGAUAUACACCAAUGGUGGCAUAAUCUUGUUUCCAUGCAUGGCCAGGACUUGUCUUCAGGUUGUGCAGCACUGUCAAAGAAGUGCCCACCCUGAAGCUGGAUAGUCUACCUCACUGCGUGUCUUUUUGAAUGUGGGAGCUAAGUGGGGGCCAACAGAUCCCACUGUGCAAUGCGACGUCAAAAUGACAUCUAUUUAACGUAUUUUUCGACUCUGAAGUACAAAUGUAGAUGUCGUUUCAACGUCUAAAAGAGGUCCAAUAAUGACGUCUAAAUCUUGAAUCCUUUUUGCACGCUGUGCCGACGUCUAGAUUUGGUCUUCAGAUGACGUCCAAAUUCUAAACGUCAGAGCGAUGUUAAAAAAAGGUCCAAUUUGGACGUCGAAAUUUCUAACCUAGUUUGCACGUUGCUCUGACGUCUAGAUGUGGUCUUUGACGGACCGUAUCUGUACGUCUCUGUGACGUUCGAUGUUUGGUGGGAUACCCUUAGAUGUUUUUUUUUUUGUGAGGGCAUAACUUUUGAGUCUUUCUUUGUUUUUUGUUUUUUUAGGUCUUUAACCAAUAUCUUUAUUGAGAUUUUCAGAAUAAAAAACUACUACACAUUGAGUGGAGUGAACCAGGUUUAAAGAAUACAAAAGAAGGAAAGAUAUUGUUAAAAAUCGGCCAAUUUGAAAGAGGAACAUGAGUUGCACUGCUCCAUCAAUUGCUCAGUCUAUCUCAGUAGGUACAGGCACCUAGUGAGAACAGUGGGUAGCACACAAGUGAAUUCCUGGUUGUGCUGAGCAAGAUGAUCCAGAAGGUUGCCACAUAUCAGAGAAUUUACUAAGUCUAUUACGGCUGGGACGAUAUGCUUUUCACCCAAUCCGAUUCUUCUACGAUUAUUUUGGAUGCCGAUUCGAUUUAAAUUGAUUUUCUCGAUUUUUAGUCUGCAUUUUUAACACCAGUGAAACAGUAUACAUCUCAUGUAAGUCAGUUUUUAAGAUUUAUUCUUAAAUUUAACACACAAAAAAAAAAAGAUUUUUAAACAUAAAAAUUGAUUUAAAAGUUGUAAAACAAAAAAUCAUGAUAUUUGUGUGAAUCGAUUUUUUUCUCCCACCCCUAAAGUCUAUCCCUCCCAUUUUGGAUUUUCUCCAUAUGUAUUGUAUUUGUAACCUGAGUUACCAAGUCUUAAACUGAGGCUAGUAUCUGACGUCUAAAUCACAUUGAGACAGUAUGACCUUAAAGGUUCAAACAGACAGGCUUACUUUUUAGAAAACCACCUCAGUAUCUCACAACAAAAAUGAUCCAGGUUGGAUGAGAGAGCUCUGUACAGAUUAAUAUUAGUCACAUAAGGAAGAAAAAAAAUGUGUGGUUUAGUUUUUUGGGGUUGUUUCUGACAACUAGACUGUGUAAAAGUAACACCCCAAAGGAAGUGUAAAGCAUCUGUGAAAAGUUGUGGUGUUAUAGUUAAGAAGAAAGGAAGUUUCAGUCUGAACUCUUCACAGGACUCUGCAGCACCAGGAACAGGAACAGACCUGAAAACUCUUGGAUGACUUAAAUAUUAUGUUUCAAUGUUUCUGUCUCUGCAGGAUCCUCGGAGUAAACACAAGUUUAAAGUCCACACCUACUCCAGCCCGACGUUCUGUGACCACUGUGGAUCUCUCCUCUAUGGGCUGAUACACCAGGGCAUGAAAUGUGACCGUACGUAGACGGAUGUGUGUGUGUGUGCGUGUGUGUGAAAUGCCUUUAAUAUGUGAAAAUGUCGCUCUCUUUAAGACGUUUGCACAUUUUAUGUUUUAUAUAUCAAACCUGAAAACUGUCCCAUGUCCACAUGUCGAGGCUGUCUAAUUUCGGUUACGCUGUAUUACUUUGCGGCCUCUGUAAUCUACCUUUAAUUUGUGUCCACGGGUUGUUGACUACAGUCCGGCUUAUACACGAUUUCUAAAUAUAGAUUAAAUUCAUCAUUUACCAUAAUCAGCUGGCUCAUGAGUCAUAAUAACAAACAAGUUAAAUAGAUAUGAUCAUCUGAAUGACAUCUGCUCACAUAUCAUCAGCUGCUCAUAACCAUUAUGGAGUAGUCUCUACAGUCCUGCUGCCGUCUUGUCUUUACUGCUGACCAUUUGCGUGUUAUUGGCAACAAACACACUAACAGGAAGUGGGCUUUAACUCUGCAUCUCCAGCCAUGAAUGACAUUAUUCAGCAGGUAAACAGUUCCUCUUUGUACCAGCUAUCAGCACAUGUAGUUUGACUCUGCAGCAGUACGCAUGUUCAGUCAUCAGAUGAAAAAGUGGCGUGUUCAUCUUCCUCCUGGAAUGACUGCAGCUGCUCGGUUAACACAAUUCACAGAGACGUUUUCAGGUUGAAAACCUGUUUAAACAAAUGAAAACAGCAGACGCUCUGUGGCCUUUUUUGCAAAUUUUAUUCAAAUGACCGACUUCCUCUGAGAAGCAAAGAUAUUUGAUGUUUGACGUUAAUGAGGUGAGGGAAGCGAGACUCCAGUGGUUUGAGUUCGAUCCGGUGUCAUUAUGUUAGGUGUCUGGUUUCUGUUAUAAGAUGUUACAGGUCCCAGAGUUAGGUCCUAUAAGCAGAUAAGGUUCUUGUAUAAACAGAGGAGUCAGGUGAAAGUGCUUUUUUGGUUCAGCUCUUCUCAGCACAGUGAGAAAGCAACAAAAGUCUACUAGCAAAGAGAGCCUAAGGGAGAAGCACAGCGCCACACUGCCUCCUGCUGGCGACACUUCGUGAUACUAUACUGAGGGAAUUCAGUCAUUAGAAAACAUUAGUGGCCUUUUAUGGUACAUAUUACAGUGUUUCUUCAACAGGAAACAUCACUACUGUGCAAAUAUGAUUACAUAUAAUAUAUUACAUGUAUUAAAUUAGAUGAUAUAUUUUGAGUGGGUCACAAAGACACUCAAAAGGAAACUCAAGUAUUUUUAAACAUGGUUUUAUUUUUACAUACCAUGCGGUCUGAGCGUCAGACAGGUUCAAAAAUGGCCGGACUAGAUUUCCUCAGCCAGCAGCUGUGAGACGGACUGCAGUGGCUGCAGCUUUAUAUCAAGACCGGUCAAAAUACAUCAUCUGAAAGUGCCUGAUUGUGGCAGGUCAGGCUGUUAUUUUAUAGUCCGUGUAGAGAUGAAUAUAUCCCUUCUGGUGUCUGACACGACACUUUCAUCACUUUCAUGACUCAAACAAAACAAAGUCCUUUUUCAUAAUCUGACUCACUUUUUCAUCUGAAGUCUCCCUGCAAAACGUCCUUUUUUUCACAAAAUUUUCAAAGUCUUCUCUUUGGGCCAGACUGAAGUUUUUUGGUUCAUAUAAAGUUCUCUCUCUUUGGAAAUACUCCCCAUUACAUUGCUUGGAAACUAGAAUCACAACCUGGCCUUGUCUUUGCUAAAACAAGCCCCUAAAGUCGACACACUUUGAUCAUGUGUAAUAGCUCACAGGGAUUAUGAGCCAGCCAUCAUAACUUGUUUUGGACCCGACAGCUGAGGCGUUCAGCACCUUUUAAUUCCAAAGCUUUUUUAGAGGAUCAUACUUAUCAUUUAUCUCAGGAGCUUAUGAGUUACACGGUAAUAUCCUGGUUCUACCUAAAAAACAACCACGUCUUUCUUUUACAGUCCAGUUCCAGCUUACAUACUUGGUCAUUUGAAGGCAUUUAGUAGGUUCACGUUCAUAAUCCAAUGUUGUUAAGCAGAUGCUUUUUAUCCAAAUCAAUGGACUUUCAAAAACAGCUGGGCACAGCCAGCAGGGGGCAUGUGGGGUAAAGUGUCUUGACCAAGGACACUUCAGCAAGAAACAAAAAUGUCAUCUUUAAACCACCUACAGUGAGAGGAGUGAGACGUGUCCGUCAGAGUAGUCUGACCUCUAGUGGACAAACUGAGAAAUUACAUGAAGAGUGCUUUGGCUUUUAUUCACCAUUGCCAGAGACCGAUACUAAAGAAUAAAUCUGAAAACUUUGCAUAAGAAUUCUCAUUAACAGUCAGACAACUGAGUCUUUUGAUGACCUUUUCAUAAUUAACAUACUCCAGCUGUCUGAAUUACUAAGUUUUAAAGUCAGUAUGCUUUAAAUUCAACCUCAGAAAUGUUUCCAUAAAAACAAAUAUGUGGGCUGAGUGUCAGUUUUAGCCAGAGUAGAUUGAUUAAAUGCUCAGACAGGAAGCUACAUUGUAGGUGGGUGUGAAAAGGGAGAAUGGCAAUUUCCAAAAUGACUCAGAAAAACUAAAAUAAACCCCCAAAUGAUGGUUUAUUAAGCUAAAGGAACAAGAGCGUGUUUCCCAGUUUGUUUUUUGGCGGGAUAAUUUUUUGUACCUUUUGCUGGUUAUUUAAGGGAGGUUCCACCAGUUUGAAACAUGGAAAUCAUUGGAUUUCAUGUUCCUUAAUGAAAGUGCAAAAUGAAGUUGCCGCAGAGCCUUUUAAACUGGUGAUACUGUAUGGCACCCACAGCAUUGUGAUGACAGAGGCAGAGCACUUUGAUGAUGUCUUGUUUAUCAUUUCAAACAAAUGAAAGGUGAAAUAGUUUUAGCUUUAGUUCAUAUUGUGUUUAAAAUGCUGACCUACAUCAGACCUGAACCAUGCAGAAUCAAAAAGAUAAUUGCCAUGUCUGCCACCCCUACUUGGUGCAUCACUAAAACGCAAGUCCUAAAAAUGACAGCUCACAGGGAAAUGGAAAAGAAGGUCAAAACUUUUGUGCAUUGUGUCAAGCUUCCUAAAGUGUGCGUUUUUGUGCAUCUGUGCCCAGAUUGUAUGAUGAACAUCCACAAGAGGUGCGUGGCCAACGUUCCGAGCCUGUGCGGGACCGAUCACACCGAGAGGAGAGGACGCAUCCACAUCACUGCCCAGAUCACCGGAGAGGCUCUGGCUGUCACCAGUGAGUGUGCUCUCCUUCUGCACGUCUCUCUCUCUCUCUUUAUGCCCACUUCUGUCCAUCUGGAACACACACAAAAACACACACACUCACACAAAUAGCUCUUUCGCUGCCUAAGACUGUAACUGGAAAGUCCAUUAGUCGAUCAAUGGUCCAACGAUUGACCCACAUCGCCACUAGGACAUGCAGCAUCCACGUGUUUGCGCGCUCUCUCUCUCUCUCUCUCUCUCUCUCUCUCUCUCUCUCUCAGACAGCUGUGGAUUGAUUAUAGGACACAAACUAAACAGUUGUUAAGUGUUGUCAGAUGUGAGUUAUUUAGGCCAGGACACAACUGGACUCAAACCAACUCUUACAGAUCCUGCUGCUCUCCGCAAAAGACCAAAUCCAUUCUCCAAAAAUUUAAUGUGUGUUUAAUCCUGGGAUCUUUCUCUUCUUAUUCACUUUUACUGAUCAUGUCCUCAACAGUCAAAGAGGCCAAGAACCUGGUGCCCAUGGACCCCAAUGGUCUCUCAGACCCAUACGUCAAGCUCAAGCUGAUCCCAGACCCCAAGAGUGAGAGCAAGCAGAAGACCAAGACCAUCAAAUGUUGCUUGAACCCCGUCUGGAAUGAAGCCUUCACUUUGUGAGACAUGUCUCCUUCUGUUUCAGACGUGGCUUGAGCGAUAGUAACCUGCUGCUAACAACCGAUACAGAUAGACGUAGAUUAAACUAUCUUUUUACAUUGUCAUAUUUUAUCAAAUAUGACUUAUGCAUCUCUUCUCAUCUCUUAGCAACAAGCUAUAUUCAACAUUAGCAGGUUGAAUAUCUGGUCUUCUACCCUGUAAAAAGGUGAUCAUCAGGACUGUGAAUCCAGCGAUUUUUUUUUUCACUGAUUCAAAUCAGCGCUAUAUCACUUUUUGCUGGUGCGGCUACUGCUGCUUCAUAUUCUUGGAAGAGGAUGUCUUUUCAGAUGAAUUAACUUCGGUGAAGGAAACACAAUUCUCACUAUCUGUAGAAUUGUUUCAGGUCUCUGUAUGUCCUGUAGUUUGUGAAUGCGAAGGCUGGUAAUUAAGAUAAGAAUAAUAAGAAUAGCUGUAUUGAUCCCUGAAGGGAAAUUUAAUUGUCUGUCGUCUCAUUUGUCAUGUCUCAAAAGUCAUCUACUAUUUAUACAAGAGUUGUAAUCGUAAAAUUCUAUCAUCAGAUAAAAACUCCUCUUUUCAGGCUGAUAGAUAUAAGUUGAUGGGUUUAAAGUUUGGAUUUUAGAGAUAAAAACACAAAGCAAACUGAAGCUGAUGCAAGUGACCCUUUCUCCAUCCUGUAUCCUGUUUGUGCCUUUAGCUUUUCUCUGAUGUCUGCCAUGCUAAAUCCAUACAAACUAGACACAGACUUAAAAGACAGACCACUUCACAAGGUAAUGAGAGAUUUGGUUUCAUUAAAAAAAAAAAACAAAGGCCAAGAGAAACCCUUUAACUUUGAUUCAAAAUUUCUUAGUUUUUACAUUCAUGUGUUUUUCAUUUUAGAUGGAGCCGUCAAUGUGUGAUUGUCAGACAGUGAUUGCUGACAUUUUUCUUGCAUGUAACAUCAGUAAAUUUUUUGGCAGCAGCCCACUGUUCUUCUUUGUUACUGUAAAAAAAAAAAAGCGGCAGAUUUUGCUGGAAGGGAUAUAAAUAUUGUUGCUGUGUAGGAUGAUGUUUGGAGGAAAGGAACACUCUGUUUUUGUUUUGGGUUUUGGUAAAUUAGCAGUAGAUGUGGCAAACGGACUGUUACAACGUAGUGCAUUUAGAGCUGUUUGGAACAGUUUCAACCAAAAGAGAUCAAAUUUCCUGGCUUUGUUAUUAAGUUGAGAUCUCAGUUUCCUUUUUUAGAUAUUUAAGAAUUUUCUGUAUGAUUUUUUUAUUAGCUUCUCUCCUUCUUUGUCUCUUAGCAACCUAAAAGAAAGUGAUAAGGACCGCCGUCUUUCUGUGGAGAUCUGGGACUGGGAUCUGACCAGCAGGAACGACUUCAUGGGCUCCCUGUCUUUUGGGAUCUCAGAGCUGCAGAAACAAGGAGUGGAUGGAUGGUAAGAUGUCGGUGUGAGGAGACAGGAGUUGGUGGGAAUUUUGGGGCGUUUACCCAGGUGCAGACUGAGAUAACAAAAGCCAAGUGAAACAAUAAAGGCCAAAACUUGGGGGUGCAACAAUAAUUCUUGAUUUAAUCUGAUAUUUUUAUGUUUUUAUUCUUGGGUUUAGGUUUAAGCUGCUCUCUCAGGAGGAAGGAGAAUACUUUAAUGUUCCAGUCCAGCCAGAUGGAGAAGAUGGUAAUGAGGAGUUGCGACAAAAAUUUGAGGUAGAUGCAAAGAAAAAGCCAUAAAACCACAACAGAUUUACAAAGUUAUAAUUCAUUACAGCUGAUUCCAUCCUCUUCCUCAUUAUUUGGUUCUUCCCUGUUAUUUCUUUCCUCUUCAGAGAGCGAGGGUGGGUCCAGGGAAGCCCACAGACUCAUCUUCAUCCUCUGCUGUGUGCAAGUAUGACAGCAACGGCAACCAGGACCGAGUCAAGCUGUCGGAUUUCAACUUCAUCAUGGUUUUGGGCAAAGGCAGCUUUGGCAAGGUGAAGCACAAUUCCAAAGAUCUUUUCUAAAGCUGGUGGUUUGCAAACGUAAACUGAGGAACUGUAAACACUCCUUCUUCCUCUUUUGUCUGUCUUCAGGUGAUGCUCGCUGAGAGGAAGGGCACUGAUGAGUUGUAUGCCAUCAAAAUCCUGAAGAAGGACGUGGUGAUCCAGGACGAUGAUGUGGAGUGUACCAUGGUGGAGAAGCGGGUCCUCGCUCUGUCUGGGAAACCUCCUUUCCUCACUCAGCUGCACUCCUGUUUCCAAACCAUGGUACAUGUAGAAAUAUAAACCAUUUCACCCUUGAAUGAGUUUACAUGCACAGUAGUUUUCCUUUUGAGAAUUCAGAAAAUGUAAACAGAGGCAGAAUUUUACACUUAGGUAUUUGACAUUUUGGCCCCCUGCUCAUCAAGUCAGAGCCAAAACAGCCCUCACCUGACGAGAUGUAGACUUGAGCAAUUUCCAGGACUCAACGCAGAUUCCUUCGAAGUCCUGGAAAAUUGUGCGGUGGGGAAUCCAUUGAUUGGAUCUGGAUGUCCCACUGAUGCUUGAUCAAGAUCUAAGAAAUGAAGAGGCCAAAUUAGUACCAUAAAGUCAUCCAGGUUAUCUUCUUCACUGCUCUCUGGUCCAAUUUGAUCCAGUUUGAAUGCUGACUCUCUUAUUCUUCUGUUUUUUUUUUAAAACCACAUUGGCUUGCUUUGCUCUCAAGAGCAUCGUUGAACCUUGUCUGCCAAUGACCCUGUCACUGGUCCACUGGUUUUCCUUCCCCGAUGUUUUUUUGGCUGGAACGCAGUAGACUAGAAACACCCCAUAAGAGCAACAGUUCUGGUGAUGCUCUGAUUCAGUCCAUUUGCGUAUAGUAUUACUUCAGGCUUGCCAUGAAGUCAAGCUCAGCCCACAGUCCAUCAGCUGAUCCUUAAGUCAGACCGUAUCAUCUGACAGCUCAGCCUUAGAUUACCUUCAGUGUAUCCAAUGCCAAAAUAGGUGUUGUAUUUAACCUGCUUUAACCUGCCUUCUCUUGCUGCUUAUCAAAAAACACAACAACACAGCUCUUCUUUUGUAUGCUGUGUCUGAUUUUACCAGUGUCAUCUUUAUCGUCUCUAAUGGCAGCUGUGUUCUGUACCCUUUGGGGUGUUUGCUGCUGAUCUCUCUGCCUUGGCUUUUCAUGUACGCACAUGAAAUGGAGAGGAGGUGUGCUCUCCCUACCACACAUACACUCGUGGAAGAGCAGCGAGCUCUCAGACAGCUGUACCACCAUGUGAACAUAUUGUGUGAAUUAUUUCUCUUUGAUCAAAGUGGCUCUGCCUGAACAAGUCUUUUCAUUUGAGUCACUCACAUCCUUUAUGCUAGACCCUUUUAUCUGCUUCACACACAUUACAUUUGUGAACAAAGUGAUUGCUUGUGAUCCCACUGAGUAACAGACGGCUAUUAGACAUUAGUUUUUUUUUAGACCUAAUUUCAACCGUCUAGAUUCUGUAUAUUUUUAGACAGAAUUAAGACGUUGCACUUCAACCCAUUAUUCAAUAACUAUUUAUUUUAAAAAGCAACUGUGAACUGCAUAACUGAUCUCCAAGUACUUAACCAAAAUAAUUAUGAUAGCUGUUGAGCAAUAUACAGCGUAGCAUAAAUAGAGCCCAGAUUUGGAUUUAGUAUAAACUUGGUCUAAAUUUAGACGUCUGAAAAACUUUCAUUUUUAGACCUGUGGUAGCCUGAUUUUAGACCAGUCGUUUUGGCUACAUUUAGACGUCUAUUAGACCUCUUUUAGACCAAAAAUGCUCAGUGGGAUCCUUAUGUUAAAACCAAUCAGCAUAUAUGGCUCAUUUAAACUCAUUCUGUGCACAGUGCACAGGUGUUUUGUGGGUUUCUGGGGAUUUUCUUUGGACUGUGGUUCUACAAUCUGCACUUCAAUCGGGCUUUUCAAUCAAAUUGGUGACACAGUUUCUGCCUUUCAGUCCCUUGUGUCAGUAGACCAUUACAGCAAAGCUGAGUUAGACAUGUGGAAAAGAAAACCCUGAAUUUCAACAUGGGAAGAGAAAAACCCCUACGUCUUGAAGAAUCUUUUGCAUUUUUACAUCUAAGUAUCCUCAGCCAAUUUUGCCUGAAAGCUGGUUGUAGUAACAAUGGAGAAAAGCUGUUUGGCAUAUUCAUAUGUAAAAACAGUCAGAGUAAAGGCAAACCCUGCAGAUUUUCUGCAUUUUCACUCUUUCUCCUCCUCUUCCUUCCCUCUUCCUCUUUUGUCCUCAAGGACCGAUUGUAUUUUGUCAUGGAGUACAUAAACGGAGGAGACCUCAUGUACCAGAUCCAACAAGUCGGCAAGUUCAAGGAGCCUCAUGCCGUGUGAGUACACACACACACACAUACACAGAGGGGUUGAACACAUUAUGAUGUUUUUGUGCUCCUCUGUUUCUCUUCAUAAUGUCAGUUUUGUAUGAUUUUCUCUGCUUGAUCGUGAUUUUCAGAGAUUUCAAACCCUUAAACAGUCUUUAUCAUUUCACCCCAAAAUAAAACAACUCAUUCUGUUUUGGCUGAUCUUUCUGCAAAUACUCAGAUAAAUGUAUCAACGGUUAUUUGUUUGUAUUUAAGGUUUUACGCUGCUGAGAUUGCCAUCGGACUCUUCUUCCUUCACUCCAAAGGCAUCGUGUAUCGGUGAGUCAGCCUGUGAUUCAGCCCUCAGCGUUUACAGUCAUUUAGGCUAUGAGUAUGAGUAACACUUGUGUAUGUGUUUGUGUGUCCGUGUGUGUCUGUUUUCAGGGAUCUGAAGCUGGACAACGUGAUGCUGGACUCUGAAGGCCAUAUUAAGAUCGCUGACUUUGGCAUGUGCAAAGAGAACAUGUUUGAUGGGAUCACAACAAAGACCUUUUGUGGGACACCAGACUACAUCGCUCCGGAGGUGUGCUUUUUGAAGAGGUUUAUCCUGUUAAGUUAUUCUUCAUAACUUCUGAAUCCUAUACUCUGCAACGUUUUGUCUUGUAGAUCAUAGCUUAUCAGCCUUAUGGGAAAUCCGUGGACUGGUGGGCCUUUGGAGUUCUGCUGUAUGAAAUGCUUGCCGGACAGGUUUGUAUGCGAUCACUGGGUGUUUGCAAAAGUGAGGCUUUAUCAUUUUGAUAAGAACUGUUCAUGAUGAUGCCUAUUUAUGCUCAUUCAGCCACCUUUUGAUGGAGAGGAUGAAGAUGAGCUGUUCCAGUCCAUCAUGGAGCAUCAUGUCUCUUAUCCUAAAUCCAUGUCCAAAGAAGCUGUUGCAAUCUGCAAGGGGGUGAGUACAGAAACUUCAAAGACUGAUGCAACAAUUCAGCAGCUGGGAGGCAUGCUGUUUGUCUGUCUGUGUUGAUGAUGAUGGAUGCUGGGACUAGACAGCAGUGCCCCUAAAUUUAAAGACCUCUUUAAGUUCACAUACACCAUGGUGGAUCUUUUUUUUUCUCAUAUAUGUUAAUAUAGCAUGAUUGCACUCUAAUCUUCAAAUUUUUUGGACUUUAGAUGGGGCUAAAAGUACCCCAGAUUUCUCAACAGAGCUUAUUUCUUCACCAACCAUACCUUACUUUCAGCCUCUGUUCAAUUACACAUUUUUUGUUUCAUGAUAUGCAGCUGCAGCAUAUCAUGAAGUUGGAGGUGGUUUUGCAGAUUGAGAAAAAGUUCCUGUAACAAAGAAUUCUGUGAUUCUCUCUCCUUAAAGGCUAAAACAGAGAGCAGCUCUGCUAAAGAUACGUAGCGAGUCUAUUUUUGCUGCUCUACACUUCCAAUUCGCGUCAAUCCACACAGAGAAGAUCGUUCUAGACAGGAAGUCAAGCACGAAAACUGCGCAUAUCAUCCGGUAUUUCAAAAUAAAACACAAUAUGCGAACUCCCGACUGUGAAUCAGGUCGUGUAGAUGAGAAAUACUUAUUUAUCAGUAACACAGAACAAUCCGAUGGUCAAUCCCUGAUCCAUGUGGACCCCAACAGGAAUUUUAACUGCUAACUCAGUCUGAAGGUAACAGCACAGCAUAAAGGAACAUAAUUUACAAUAUUAAACACAAGUAAACCUGCAAAAACCAAAACUGUAAAAUCACGUUGCUUUUUCACAUAUAGUAGAGGCUCAACAAUCACUGAAUUAUAUCCAAAUUAUCAGGAAAUAGACCACAGAAAGGCAAAACAAGCUGUUGUGAGCAUGUUGUCUCCUCUAUACUGAGCCCAGCUGGCCGGGGCUGCACGACGUUGCUGCCAUGCUCCAAAUACACAUCUGUAUGCAAUACCCAAUUCUGCUCUACGGAACAAUGUAUGUUUUCAGCUUAAGAUUUAAAAUGAAGAUUUUUGCCAUAAUUCAAAGUUUUGAUGAGCUGUUUGAACUGUCCUAUGCACAUGUUUUAUGGAAAAGACAUAUAGACACAAAAGAGACAUAUUUCCUACAGUGUUAAGUACUAAAUAAAUGAAAUAAGCCUUAUGUAAAUGGAAAGAAAGCUACUCGCAGCCUGUCACGACACAGUCUUCAUAAUUUUCACAAUCCCCCCACUUCUGACAUAAGUUAGCCAAUCAGCAUUUAGGAUUUUGAGACAGCCAAACGGAUUUCAAGAGGGGCCCAUGCCUCCUCUGGCCACCCCUCAGGCACACUCAUAGUAAUUAAUCCACAUUUUCUAUGCAGGCAUGGCAGCUUCAAAACACUUGAUACAAUAUUUAUGAAUAUACUGGGACAUUUUCCCCGACAUGUAAAUGUGUCAAAUUCUUAAAGUUUGAAGACAUAAGGACGUAGUAGAGCUUUGGUUAGGUGACUGUAGUCUCUGAAACUGCAGCCACUUUGGCAUUUAUUGAAGAGCAUCCAGUGUGUGAAUGAAGCAAGCUGUAGUGAAGCGCUGGCAUCUGUUAGGAUACAAGAGCAAUAAUGUAAACACACAUACCUGCAGACUCCUCUCACUGUGUGUGCUUUGUGUGUGUGUGUUUGUGUGUUUAUGUGUGGUUUUAGCUGAUGACCAAGCACCCAGGUAAGCGUCUAGGCUGUGGCCCAGAGGGGGAGAGAGAUAUCAAGGAGCAUGCCUUCUUCCGCUAUAUAGACUGGGAAAAACUGGAGAACAAAGAGGUCCAGCCGCCUUUCAAACCUAAAGCUGUGAGUAUAUCAAAGAUUUUCUGCCUUCAGUCUGUCACCUAUUACUGCCCUGCACUGACAACUGCAGGGGUUGUCUCAGUAUGGAGGGAGGUGACGUACCUGAUUGAACAGCCCACGUAAGUUUUGGAGAGUAUUAGAUUGUCCAUUUCCCUUAACCCCUCCAUCGCCUGCCAUUGGUCACUACUCUGACAAAUGUAAAUUUGUGAGCGUUGUCACCAAUGAUGAAGCUGUGAUGUCACUAGCUCACAAACGGACCAAUGGAAUUCCACAGUUUUUGGCUGUGAGUGAUUUGAUUGGUUGAUGCCAUGCUUUAGUUGUAUUUCUCUUUUUUCUCUUUGUUGUCGUCCUUUUUUCUUCACAUACUCAUCAAACUCACUCCAUCUUGCAUCCAUAUUUCUCUCCCUCUCCAUCCCUCUCUCUCUCUCUCUCUCUCUCCUUCUCUAUUCUCUCUCUCUCAUCUUUCCAUGGCAGUGUGGGCGUGAGGCGGAGAACUUUGAUCGCUUUUUCACACGCCACCCCCCAGAGCUGACCCCCCCAGAUCAAGAGCUUAUAGCCAACCUGGACCAGGAGGAAUUCCAAGGCUUUUCAUUUGUUAACCCUGAGUACCCUAACUCAACUCACUGACCAUGCCACAUAUCACUGGGCUGCAGUAGAAAUCCCCCACUCCUCAAAAAUGAAGUGAAAAAUGAAAACAAAAUAAAAUAUCACCAUGUUGUCAUAUCCAGGCCACAUCCCGCGGGGUGAAAUGUUCAGGAAUGUUCAAGGUUUUGGGAAGUUGGUUUCGAGGAUUGAUGCCAGUCUUAAACGUGUGCAUAAUCUACAGAGCUGCAGUCAGCAGGUGAUUUAGCCUAGCUUCGUGCUCAGACUCCAAGUAUGGGGAAUCAACCAGCCUUUCUCUCUACAAGGUUAGUAAGAUCACGAUCCCUGUAACCUCUGACUGAACUCUUCUGCAGUUUGUCCAACAUCGGUAAAUAUAAAAUCUUUUCUUUUUAGGAUUAAAGUGAUGUAGUUAUCACAUAUCUUGUCAUCACAGUAAAAUAAAAAGCAGGGAUGCUGUGCUUUAUAUGUACGAUAAAGCUUUGUACAGCUUUAUUGUACAACUCUUUGUAAACCUAAACAUUUUUACAGAAGCGUCUUUAACCCGCAAGGUAAGGGUCACAUGACAACAGGAGACAGCAUAAGAGGCUAGUUAUAAAAAUGCUAACAACUCCAUGGCAGAGUGUAAACCCAGCAUGCGUUUUCCUGUCUCUUCAGUAGCUUAGCGGUACCUUAUCACUGUGAUUCGAAUGUUUUCAAGGAAAAAGAACACUAUCAUUCUCAGCUAUACUUUUUUACUUGGUUAUAAUUACCGAAUAGUGAUCUGGAAACUUAGGUAAAUACUGUAACCAUUAUUCACAAAAUGAUCAUGAUGCUUAAUUAAAAAUCCUAAAACUAGCCACUAAAAUUUGAAACUUUAUUAGCAAACUUUGCCGAAGUAAUAAACUGAAAUGAAGGAUCUUUCUUUCUCUCUAACUUACAAACAACUGGAUUUCUUUGGGCAACCAGUAGGACCCCCUAUGGACCAUUAGAAAAUAUGCACAUUUAAAGCACUUCCCAAUUGGCAUCACUUUUCAGUCCUUGAUGCUAAGUCCACUUCUAGUAUACAGACUAUAUUUCAGCAUGUCAAGGUUAGUGUAAGCUCAGAGCACCUUUGUGCCUAGGUACAAUAAUGUCAGUCGCAUGAGGAAGUCUAAGAUGAACAGCCAUUAGUGUUUUGCAUGCUAGCAGAAAAGUUCAGUAGCAGUAGUCUUGGUUACUUGUUUGUGUAACCCUUGCCUUUCUUCUCAAAUAUCUUCCCUGUAGAAAGGAAAAUCUCAAAGCUCCCCAGCUCUGUAUUUAAUGUACCCACUUAAAAGUGGUAUCAAUCCCACCAACUUGGUCUCUGCACGAAAACUCAAUGUUUUUUUUUUUUUUUUUUUUUUUAAAUGCAACAAACUGUUUCUUUCAAUAAUAUGCAGAUGGAAAUGCAGACAGUCACUCCAGUGCUAACAAGCUGGAAAAAUAACCUUAAUUAAAUGUGUCAAGUUGCCAGCAAAACUGGUCUGGUUUCCAGUGAUGAAACUCUUUUAGUUUGGUUUAGCACGCCAUGGUACACUGCUGCUCUCACAUCAGCUCUACUGGCUGUAUUUCUAUCUUAAGUGCAGAAAUUGUGGCUCUUGAAUGCUGCCCGGCUGCUCACAUCAGCAAGUUCAUGUCUGAGUCUGACCUUUGGACUGACCUGAACCUGCUCUGUCUCUGUGUCACCCUUUUUCUGAUUGCAUAUUGACUAUGACAACCUAUCAUUGAUAUUGAUGAGUGUACUAUGAUCACAUAUUGGUAAUAUUCAUUCAGUGUAAGUGAAAACUGACAAAUGCUUUGCUAUGAUUGUUUGAGUACUGAUCAGUUUCCUAAUGUUGACUUUCCUUAUCAAUAGGACCAAACACUUCUACACUUUAUGUUCAGUCAGUGCUGUGGUGAGCUUAUCUUAAAACUUUUGCUGAUUUACUUUUCAAAGAGUCAUAGGAUAGAGGUCUGUAUACUUGCAUUCUGCAAGAGUGUAAGUCGGCAUCAAGCUUGUGACUUUUGACUGAAAGCUCAUUUCUUUUCUCAGUUCUUUACUUAAAACAUUCACCACGUAACACUGUGUUUUAUCGACAGAGGGCAUAUCUCUUAGACUGUACACAAACAUUUUUGGAGGAUUUGACAUGUGAAAAAAGCUCAGUUGAGUCUUGUGAACCUGGUAGUCUGUUAGCUUGUAAAAAUCAGAAUGUCCAAAAGUGCCAAAAUAGGAUUCAGAAUCAUGAGGAUGAUUGUCCUCAAUAACUGUGAUGAAGUGCAGCCAUUUUGUGCCAUUUUGCAGUACAUGUAUAACUGUUAGAAUAUGCAUUAUAGCUUAUUUGUUCUCCAACAACACAAUACCCCUGGAAAGUUAUUUUCAUGUAUAAAAUGAAUGUCUGACAGGAGGUGUUUUAUUGUGAGGCAGAUUGUAUUUUUCUUUUGUAACGGUGUAACGAUGCCGGAUAGUAAUGUGUCAAAUCUUGUUCUUUGAGCUUGUAUCAAAAAAGGGGGUGGGUGGGGGGCAUCACAGAUUUGUUUCUGUCAUACAAAACUGCUGGCUGAGAGGACAAAGAGGACAAAAAGGCAAAGGGAAAACUGAAAGCACUUAUCAUGAUGAUGCUUUAUUGUGACAAAUCAAAGGUGACAUAAUGGGGGACAGGAGAGGGAUAUAUAUAUAUAUAUAUAUAUAUACACACACACAUAUAUAUAUAUAUAUACACAUAUAUUUAUAUAUGUGUAUAUAUAUAUAUACACAUAUAUUUUAUAUAUGUGUGUGUAUAUAUAUAUAUAUAUAUAUAUAUAUAUACACACACACACACACACACACACACAUAUAUAUAUAUAUAUAUAUAUAUAUAUAUAUAUAUACACAUAUAUUUUAUAUAUGUGUGUGUAUAUAUAUAUAUAUAUAUAUAUCACAGAAAUAUUUGGAUAAAUUGUUCUGGAUGAGAGAGAUGCUUCUGUGAAUUGUGUAAUUGUCCUGUAUGACUGAAAACUGAUAAUAUACUCACUGGUGCCUACCAGACUACUUCUUUGUCUGCCUUGUUAAUGCUGCAGCAAACAAAGCGCUAACACUUCAGUCAAGCACUGUGCAUUUAUCCGGUUUCUCUCUGGGAAAAGACUUCAAACUAAAAGUUGAAUGAGAAUUUCAAUACCACUCCAGCUGAAAGCCAAACAAAAGCAAGAUGACUGGUAUAGAAGAUAAAAAGAAACAGGGAACAUUAGCAAAGUUUCUAAACCAAAUUAAUUCUAGAACCUAGAAAUUUUGGUUAUAUUUCAGCUUCUUGCAAAGGAUGUGCAUAUAUCAAAAGUUUGAAAAAUUAUCAUAUGAGCUCCACGAAAAAGAAAAUCAGAGAUAAGGCAAUGCUGAUCCAAAUCCUAAAAUUUGAAAUAUUGUGGAAAAGUUUGAUGUUUUCUCUGAAUCAUUAGUUAGUCAUUAGUUAUUACUAACAAACUGCUUAAUACUUUUAGCUUUUCAGACAUACUUAUAAUAAUGUACAUUACCUCUUUUCCUAUAAACAUAACAAAGGCAUACAAAGCAGUAAGAUAAAACCACACAUCUGUACAUCUCCAGUACAAUGACUAUUAUAAUAAUGUUUGUUUGUAUAGCACUUAUCAACAGACUUUUCAGAGUGUUUUACAUUCCAGUGAUGCAAGCAAUAGUAAAGGGGAAACAAUAAGGCUAUGCAAUCUACAGAAGGGGAACAAAUUAAAACAGAGAUGAAGUAAAGAAUAAAAAAGGGUCAAAAUAGUGGCUGAACAAAAGAAUCCACAAAACUUCAGAAUCAUGUACCUCAAAUAAAAUGCUGAAAUGACCCUGCUUAUUAAUUAAAGAUGUUUUAAAAUAAACUUAAAUAAACAUGAUAAACAUGUGAUAAACCCACAUUGCAGACAUAAAUGUGGAGAGGCACAGCUGCCUCGUACCAAGACUGAACCGGUACAUGAAUUCAUGGACUAGUAGUAGAGGUGGGAAUGUUUCCAGCACCUCCUCAUUUCAGGUGGAGGCCCAGUGAUCAGACAAGUGGAGGAGGUAGGAAAUGAAAUGCCUUUUGUGUGUAUGUGUGAUACAUGUGUCUUGCCUGGGGCUCACUGCUUUACCUCACUGUGUGAAAUCCUUUUGGUUGGUGGUUUGGUCUGCAGCUGGUCUGUUUUAUUGAUUCUUGUCUGUUCUCCACUGAAAGCUCUUUCUGGCUUUAGAAGUUUGUCUUGGAUCUUUCUUGCAUCUGUUGUUGUCUGCUGUUGAAAUGUUGCGGUGGGUCCUCUUCAUCUUUUUGCUGUGUCUCUUGGCUUUUUUGGCAGGGUGUGUUUGUUCUUUGUCGACUUGCUCCCCCAGUCCUGUAUGGAGUCACUGGUGUGUUUUGCUGAGUCUAGACUCCUUGUGUUGCCACCAUUUAAAAUGAUCAGAGGUGUGGACUAGACUGCACUAAGUUAACCAAAAAACACAUGCAAGUUGACUUCAUAUACAGCUUCAAGAACUCAUAGAUAAAUUGAGACUUUAGUUAUUGAAUUUUCAAGUUUUUAUAGGGCCUUGGGGAAUGGAGCCUCAAAUCCAAAAAAGCUAGGACUCAGUGCAAAAUGUUAAUAAAACCAAAGUUUGAUGGUUUAUAAAUCACUUAAGCCCUAUAUUGAAAUGGGGCAAAGUAAAAAGAAAAAAAAAACAAGAAAAUGUAAGUCAGUUUUAAAUUUGGUGGUUGUUGAAUGCAUUAGUGGCCAUGGCAUAUAGGGAGGCACUAUUAAUGCUGAAAAUUAUAUAGAGGUUUUAGAGCUACAUAUGCUGCCAUCCAGACCAUUCUUUUUUCAAAGAGGACCUUGCAUAAUUCAGCAAGAGGAUACCAAAGCAAUUUAUUGCAUGUAUUACAUCAGCAUGGCUCCAUUGUAGAGGAGUCUGGAGGCUAAGAUGGCCUGCCUGUAGUUGCAAUUUGUCAAUUGAAAACAUUUGUUGCAUCAUAAAAUGAAACAUACAGUAAAGGAGGCCCAUAUUGUUGAACAGCUGGUUUUCAACUCAGCAGUUCCCCAACAAUUUUAUUGUUACAAAAAUAUUGUUUUUCUGAAAUUCAUUGCUGGCAUUGAAUUUAAAUUACAUAUUAGAAAAUUUAGAUAUUUUUCACUCUAACAUUUUUAUGUUCAGCAUUUUAUGUUACUUUUGCACAAUAUGUAGUUAAACAUGGGGUCUGAGUGAUUUGCAAACUAUCGAAUUCUGUUUUAUUGGCACUCAAUGUGGGAUCCCAAGUUAUAGGAAAUUAAAAAUGUAAUUCUUUAAAACAUUGUGAAACAGGCUGCAGGCUUGGUUAGGUGUAAAAACCACAAUGCUAGGAUAGUUGUGAUUUCAUUUUUUUUUUUUUUAAUAAAAAGUCAAUAAGCAGGUUUUGUGUUAAAAAGGACUCCAGUCUGCUUGUGAAAGUCCUGCAUUUAGCUCCUUCAUCAACCCAAACUUCUCUUCACUCAGACUUGGUCAUCCCUUUUGCUAAUUUAGCAAUAAGAAUCAAAGUAUACAUAUCUCUUGAGAAUUUUGGUAGAGUAACCAUUUACACAUAAGCAUAUAUUCUAAUUACAUAUAAAGGUUGAUCAACACAUCUUAUGAACUUUGAUGUACUGUGGCGUAAGUUGAUAUGUACAACAGUAAUGAUUCAUAAAGCAUUGUUUUUUCCCACCUCUCCAGAUUAUUGUGUUUUCUGUGUGCUGAUACAAUCAAGCUCCUCUCUACCUUUCAUCAUUGUGCUUUAAGGGGACAGUUGACUGUUUCAUUUGUCAACCGUCUGCUGUCUUGACAGCCUAUUUUUAAGGCUCCACAAAAUACUAAAACUUCAUCCGUCUAACAUAUUGUUGUCCUCCUUUUCUUUCUUCCUGCCACAGAAAUCUCGCCGGGAUGUGGGCAACUUUGACAAAGAGUUCACAAAGAUGGUGGUGGAGCUGACCCCCACUGACAAGCUCUUCAUUAUGAAUCUGGAUCAGAAUGAGUUUCAGGGCUUCUCCUAUACCAACCCAGAAUUCGUCAUACAAGUCUGAAGAUUUCAUGUUUGAUACACGCAGCAAGACAAGACUUUUAUUGCCAGUUUCAUUCAUCAAGGACCCAAACAAAUAUCACACUAACCUGUGCUCAGUACCCUGAAGCUAAAGCAACAGCAUUUUAUGUCAUUCCAAAUCAGUCCAAACCAGCAUUUAAAUGGAAGAACAAUCACGAACCAUCACAUUUGUGACAUAGUCUUAUCUACAAACACAAAAGCAGCAGUUUAACAUAAAACUGCUGUUUGCUCCAGUCUCUGUUUGUAGGAAAAAUUGAACAGUAAUCAGGGACCAGUUUUCAGAAAACUCGAAGUAUGUGUAGUAUUCACCAAAUCUUGUGGUGAGCGGGUCAAAACAAAGGCCAGCGCUCAUGAGUCACAGUGAAUGUGCAUAUCUGCUUAGUGCUCUUAUUGAUCCACAAUAGUGUGUAUGUUUGUUUACUUGAUUUUUCUUUUUUUGACCAGUAAAAGUUGCGUCAUACACAUUCCACAAUCAAUAACUCAUAUAUGUCCUCACAACCAACAAACAUACAGACGUGUACACUUGGUUGGUGAGGACCCUAAUCGAUAGUGCAUUCUAAACACCCACGAACCCUAACCUCCAGGAAAGACUUACUGAGAAAACCAGCCAAAAAUAUCCUUAUAUUCAAAGAGGUCCCCAUUUGAAAGGUUUGAAACUCACAUUAAGUCCCCACAUGCACUAUGUACAAGAAUAUUCACACACACAGAUUUACUUCAGGAACGUUUGGGGACAUAACAUUAACUUUGAUUCCUUUUCCUGAGACUUACCCUCAUUUUAGUGUUUCCCUCAUCUCAACCACUGACCAAACUAUUUUCCUGUAUUAGGAACUCUUUUUUUUUUUUUUUCAGUUAGACUAUCCACCCUCAAUAAAGGAGUCUAUCACAUGUCCCUUGAAGCAGACUAAGUCAGAACCACACAGCCCUAGCAGUGGUAUAGAAGGACGAAAACGGUUGAGUGGUGAAAGUUCUUAAUAAGUUCUCGUCUAAGUUAGUUUUGAACUUAGUCUUAAGCACGUCUUGUCCGCCAAACUGACGCAAAAAAAAAGAAAAAAAAAAAAGGAAAUCCCCAAAUUGCCCAAAUGGCAGUAAUAUUAAAAAAUGUCUGUCUUUCUUUCCUCUUGCUCUUUCUCUUUUUUAUGGCACUGUGUAAGCAGUGGGUCAGUGCUGUGUAGGCCUAUACAGUCUUUGUGGUGCAGCUCCUCUAUGCAUGCCAUAUUUGUUGGUACAGUAGCUCCCUAAAAUUUGCUUUUGACAUCACAGAGAAAGAAAAAUACCCUCAGUGUGUUGUAUUUAUUGAUGCAAGUGAGUCUUAGUCUGUCCAUGCUCAAGUUUUAGUUUUUAACCCAGAUGCCGAGUACACCAUCUCUUGUGUGAAAAAAUAUGUGGCUAAGAGUUUGCUGUACAAAGCAUGGAGCAAAGUUUUUUGCUGUCCUUGAUAAGAAAAUAUGAGUGAAAUGAACAUAUAAAGUCAAUGUUACAAUUCUAUAUGUUUCAGUGUAUGUGUAAAUAAGAAAGGGAUUCAAAACUAAACGUGGUUCCAUGUUAUUGUACACUUCUCUGCUACUCCUCACAGCCCCAUCUCCCCAUAUCUUUCUGCACUUUAUCCUUACCAGCACUCUCAGCUGUCAAUAUCUCCCCUCUGCUGUGUAUUUUUCCAUCCCCAAGUCCUCCUUUUUAACCUGGUUAAUUCUCACAUCAAUUUAAAGAGAACUGGGAGAAGAAGACAAGAGUAAGACAAAAGGGAGGGCGGAAAAGAUGGGAGUAAUAAGUGUUUUCUAUGCAAAAGACAGGAGAAGAAGAUGAGGAGGAGACGGCAACUUUUAUUAAGAAAAUAAGGAUAUUGUGUGACAGGACAGUAUACAUGUGUUGCAUGUGCUGUCUUUACCUGAGACACUUAGAGUAAACUAUCUACAUUAAAGUGAAUACCAGAAUACCAUUUUCAGUAACUCUGGCUGUUGUGUUUAUUGGUUUGUAUAUGUCACCUCUGCAGCAUUUGUGUGCCAAAAGUAAAAAUCCUGCACAGAUGCCACAGAGGUCUGACCAGCAUGUUGUAAAGGUUUGUUGUUUCCAGAAGAAGUGGGGCAGCGGGUUUUUAAAUGAAGUUGAAGAGAUUUUAAAAUUCAUUGUAUCCAUAUAAGCAAUAUAACAUCUUGACGGCUACAGGAGGCAUUUCAGUGUGUGGUUACUCUUUAAACAUGGACUUCUACGUGACCUUAGGGCAGUAACUACUACAUUAUAUGCAUGCUCUCUGUAACAAAUUAUUCAAGUGAAAACUGUUAAUAAACUUUUUUUAAAAAACAUUAUAGUGGUGUUCUGUAUUAAGAGUUGUUAGCACAACAGAUCAAAAAUACAGGAUAAGAUGUCAUGUAGGCAGCAUUACUGCAACCCGGGAUAUUUUUUUAGUUUAGUUUAGUUUUUUUGGAGGUUUAUUGUUUUCUUUUCUGGGUUUUUAUUUCUUUUGACUUUUUAGAUGUUUUUAAGUCAGCUAAAUGACAGAGAAAAACUUAAGAUUAAUCAAGUUUGGUAAGUCAAAAUUGUUGAUAUGUGAACAGUAAACAGAAUGAUACAAAGCUGAAAGUAAGCACUGGAUACUGUAAGGUUAAAUAUUUUUGUUUUAUUUGUUUUAAUUGUUUUAGUAUUUAUUAUUAGUUGAUAAAUUGGAAAGAGUGUUUAAUGAAGCUAAGGUAAACAGAUCAUCUAGUUUCCCUUAUUACUGUCGUGCUUAAGCCAAACAAGGACCCUUUAAAAUUUGCAGGAUAUCGCCUUAUCUCUCACCGUAAUUCAGAGAGGAAAAUUUAACAUAACAUCUGGUCUGCAGCCCUUUCAUCUGAGCCAGUAAAAGUAUUAAAGGUUAAAUUUAAAUCUUUGCUUUUUUGGCUGAUUUUUUUUCUUAACAGCAAAAAUAGGAAUUAAAACAAAUGUAUGAAUGUAUGGGUUUAGGAAUAAGGGAGAAAUGUGUAGCUAUACUUUCCUUUUAAAGUCUGUCGAGAAAAAUCCGGGGUUGCUUGCUAAAUGGAUUAAAUUAAAUUAUUUGGCUUUUUGUAAUGGUAACAUAAAGUAGGAUAACCAAUCAUCAAUUAUUCUGCCACAUACAUUUGCAAUAGAACAGAAAACCAUGACUUUUUCUUCUCAAAUCAAAACAGCUUUAGUCCUUUUGUUGCUGUCCAUGGUGCUGAACUAGCUGUGAGCAUGGUGAACUGAAGCAGGGUAAACACACACACACACACACACACACACACACACACACACACACACACACACACACACACACACACACACACACACACACACAAGGAGGCGUGGUUUACUUGAAGUUACAGCCUCAUAGAGUUGAACUACAGUGAACCAGACCGUGCCCAAAGAGCGCUCCUUUUUUCUUUCAGAAUAAUUUUGAUUAAUCCUAGAACUUUUUCAAUUUGUUUUGAUUUUCUUUAAUUGUGUUAUUUAAUGUCUGUUUUUAACUUUUACCUCUUUGAUUCUUGUUUUGUGCCUCACCUCAGCACAUCCCGUGAUCCUCUGAUGCGCCCCUGACA